AACUUUCAUCGCUCAUUUAUUUCCUAAUGAACAUCGUAAUGGAACCUCAAUUCCAGAUGGGCUCAAUGGCCGGUAGACUUACUAUUAUUUGGGCGAGUAGAUCAAAUAUGAGAAUGUCGGUCGAUGUCAAGUCGGAUUUUUCGGAAAACGAGUCCUCAUCAACACCUUCACCAACAACAGUUCCAGCAGAUGUCACGUGGCCUCACUAUCCAAUGAUGCCAUUCAUGCAACCACAUCCUCUGAGAGAAAAGAUGCUGCAACCAACAUUUGAUCCACAAAUCUAUGGAAGGUGGUCACAAAUGGGUGAUACUGGUUUUUACGGACAUCCGGAUCUCUAUCCAUUCGGCCUUCCACAACUCGCUGCCAACGGACAAAUUCCAGCAGUAGAAGCCGUUGAUGUGAAGCCACCGCUUUCGAAUGGAAGUAGCAGUAGUGAUAGUGGAAUGUAUCCAUCACCGAGUGAUAUGAUGACACCGUUCCCAUCAACAUCAUCUGGAGCUGCAUCUUCUUCAGAGCUUUCAGCAGCUGCUGCUGCUGCAGCCAACUACCAGAUGAGAGCUGCCACGUGUUAUCAGCAAUCUGUUUGGCCGUUUAUGGAUUAUCAACAGGGAUUCUCGUGGAAAAUGCCUCUUGGAAACAAUCAUGGAAAGGAUCGAAGAUCAAGCAGUGAUGGGAAAACAUUACCAACGGGACCUGGAACGAAUAAUGUCCGUGUACGAACAGCUGACAAAUACCGUAUGGUUUACUCGGAUUAUCAACGCCUUGAACUGGAAAAAGAAUUCCAUACAUCGCCAUUCAUAACAUCAGAUCGCAAGUCCCAAUUGUCGACGAUGUUAAGCUUGACAGAACGACAAAUCAAGAUUUGGUUUCAAAAUAGGCGUGCAAAGGAUCGUCGUGACAAACAGAAGAUUCGGCUAUAAGUACUCAUCUACUUACAAAGAAAAUGUACAAAAAUUCUGGGAAUUUUCAUAUUUUUCUAGAAUAUUGUACACAUUUAUUAUAUUUUUACAUUUCUCUCGCUUGAAUACGGUUAAAUUCACACUUUUAUAUAAUUUCUUCCUGUCCCAUCUCCCAUUCUCUCACAUCAGAAUAUUCUAAUCAUCACUGCCCUUAACAUAUAUAUAUAUAUAUUUAUAACUUUCCGAUCAUUCCUUCUGCUUUGUAAACUAAUCCAAUCAUUCUCUAAUGAAUUAUUCCCUAAUAUAGAGCUUCUUUAUUUAUUGUGAUUUCUUGUUUCUUACCCUUCUCAAGGUUUAGGAAAAAGUUUAGGUCCCCAUUUGUUAUGUAUUUACUUCCCACUCUGAACGGAUCCAUUUUGAACAUGUUUUCUAUUUUUUGGAAAAGUUUAGAGAAUUCUUUGCUUUUCUCACAUAUCUUGAUUGCAUAUUUUUUAUAACAAAACAAUGAAACAAUUUUGAAGAAUU